UGCAAAAGAUGGCCAAGCUUUUGAGUGCGUAAACCGAGACUUGGAUAAUCAUUCCUAUACUUGAUAGGAACCUUCCACCAUCACAUGCAAGUCUUGUCCCGCCGGCCACCAUAAAUCGGUGGCGGAAUCUACGUGACCGGCCUCCCCAGUUUAACUCCCUUCGGACUUCUUCAACGUUUUUAUAUUCUGUGAAUGCUGCAAGCAGACUCUAUGGACUAGAAUUGGAGAAUCAUGUGCAUGUCUCCCAGUUGUCUCCUCCCAGUAAUACUGCACGAAGCUGAGAUGAACCUUCCUCGUUAACAUGCAGCUGGUCUCGUUAACCUAUAUAAACUUCUCCGGCCGAGAGAUACAGUCAUCACACAAGUGGUCUAUCUUCCACUUCCUCCCAAAGAUUUGCUAUAUCUUCUCCGAAAUGGCUUCUUUCCCGGUCUCCAAAACAUGCAUUGCGGUACUAGUUUUAGUGAGCUUGGCACAGGUGAGCAUGGGCUCAAGGAAACUUGCCAGCUUGGUGCAACAGGCAUCAGACCUCCUCACGUACCACAACGGUGAAGUGAUGCAAGGUGACAUCGCCAUCUCGAUCACCUGGUACGGGACGUUCACCCCAAUCCAGAAGUCCAUCAUCUCAGACUUCCUCCUCUCCCUCACACCGAGCUCCCAAACCCAACCACAGCCAUCAACGCCUUCUGUCCGCCAGUGGUGGAACACCAUCGAUCGGCUUUACUUGGAGAAAGCUGGGAAGAGGAAGAAGAAGACUAACGUUGUGUUGGCCAACCAAGUGUCGAACGACAAGUGUUCCAUGGGCAAGUCCCUCAAGACAUCCCAGAUCCCCGAGUUGGCGGCCGAGGCCGGUCCGAAGAAGGGCGGGAUCGCGCUGGUGUUCACGGCCGAGGACGUCGCGGUCGAGGGCUUCUGCAUGAGCCGGUGCGGCCUGCACGGUUCCGACCGGAAGACCGACUCCGUCUACAUCUGGGUGGGCAAUUCGGCGGCCCAGUGCCCGGGCCAGUGCGCGUGGCCCUUCCACCAGCCCGCGUACGGGCCGCAGACGCCGCCGCUGGUGGCGCCCAACGGCGACGUCGGGGCCGACGGCAUGGUGAUCAACCUGGCGAGCAUGCUGGCCGGCGCUGUCACCAACCCUUUUGGCGACGGCUUCUUCCAGGGGCCGAGGGAGGCCCCGCUGGAGGCGGCUACGGCGUGCCCCGGGGUGUACGGGACGGGAACCUACCCGGGCUACGCCGGUGGCCUGCUCGUGGACCCUAUCACCGGGGCCAGCUACAACGCGAACGGGGUCCACGGGCGGAAGUACCUGGUGCCGGCACUGUUUGACCCGUCGACUUCCACUUGCUCCACGCUGGUUUAAGAGGAUGAUGAUGACGUUUCGAGUGAUGUGCCCUCGGAUCAAUGUCUAUUCUUUGAUUCAUUUCUCUCUCUCUCUCUCUCUUGGGAAGCUCGACAACAUGAAAUAAAUAGCAUCAUAAGCAAUGAAUAAUUCGUGUGGGUUUUGAUUGAGAUGAGGUAACCUGAACUGGACCUAACCUGCGUCAAGCAUCAAGAACUUUGAACCCAAGUCGCCGUACCACAGUUGGGAUCGAUAGGAGUUCGUUCGGCUAAACCUCAUCAUGAAGGAAACGAAGGCUCGACUCGACAUGAUCCAAGUCCCCAACACAAAGUGUGUUUGGCCCAUACCAAUGAGUUAUAUCGACAAAUUUACCUGAGAAUUUAGUUCAAUAUCGAUCAUAUUUAGAAUCAUAAUGAGUAGUCUGAAAUUACCGAUUUUGAUCUGUAGAGAGAGGAAUAGAAUUUGCUUUCCUUCUCAGUAGCCAUAGUCUUCUGUCCUCCUCCAACUCUGUUGUGACUCUGCUGCUGCUCGUUCCAUGCAGCUGUUGGCCAGUCCUCCCAGGCCUCAUAGGGACACCAUUAAUGGCGAUAUGGACCACGCAGAGUCCUCGUAAUGAUGGCAGGGCCGAGAUGAAACUGAAACCGAUCACUUUACCUCGCUGC